UAUAGACCUAUAAAAAUUAUAUAAAAAAUUAUAUAAAAAAGAUAAUUUUGAAACAAAAAUCGAGAAAUCGUUCGACGUGAUUUGAUAGCGAUACCGUUUCUUUAACGAAUAAACGGAAGAAAAGGAUCAUUAUUCUUGAGUUUACGAUAGUACAGUAAAGACCUUGUGUUAUUAAGCAAAGCAACGGUAUUAUAUCGAAGGUAAAAUAAUGAAGAAACGGAGACCGUGUACAUGGAAUACAUCUAGUUCUCCAGCAAAUUUACCGACGUCUCUUCGUACUCGUGAGUUCGACAGUAUUCCUGUUAAAGUCAAAAGUUUUCAUGAUUUGAAGCGUUUGAAACGAGGUAGCUCGAAAUCGCACAAAAAGAGUGCGAAAUAUAGGGAACAACCUUCAUUGAAGAGAGAUGCGUUUGGAUCGUUAGAAUCUUUGUUCGAUUUGAAAAAACCUUUAAAUUUGCCGGACGUAUGCUCGUUGACGAUCGAGUAUCAUCAAGAGGGUCACAUAGUACCUUUUAAAUCGAAAGAUCCAAAGAAUUCUGAGACUUUCUUAAAAUUGCUUUCUUUGCAACAAGUGGAUCUUGAACCGCACAUUCUUGAACGGACUUACGAGACAGAUGAUUUUAAUAGUACACCGGAGGAAAUUAAGCAAGAAUCGAAUUUUGAAACAUUGAAAACGUUAAAAGAAAUUGAAAAUUUGGAUCAAGAAGAGAAAGAACCAGAAAAAAACAUGGCUGACGAAGAUGCAGAUAUACAAGAAGUUCCCGACGAAAAUGUCGAAGAAGAUGUCGAAGUCGAAGAGCCACCAAAAGAGAAGGAAGAAAUAGAAUCUGUAACAGUGUCGGAACCGGUAGUAAAAUCGGCGACCGAAGAUAAGGAAGAAUGGCCUCCAUCAUAUCCGCUUCCUCCUGGUGUUGGCGAAGGUACGCCUAUUAAACCUGGUGGACGAAAUGAAUCGAUAUUAAGUUCAUCUCCUUUGACUGAUAGCGCUGUAAUGAUGGAAAUGAAGAAAGCGGACGAUCGUUGCAUUGUGCUUGCAAAAGAAAUUGAACAGCUGAAGCAAGAAAUAGCUACGCUUACAAUUAAAAAAGAUUUAACCGAUGAAGAUACGUUAAUAAUACAUGAGAAGCAGGACGAAGUGAUGAGAAAGCUGACAGAAUUCGAACAGAUAACCCGGAAGCUACAACGACUACUAGGUUUGUCUGACAUCUCGAGCACUACUUUUGCUAAGAUGUUUGAUAUGCAACCCAUUAUGAAACCUAGUGCCAUCAUUGCCGAGGAGGAAGAACUUGAAAUAAUAAGAGAAAAGGUAGAUAUGAUAGAUAAAAAGACGGAUGUAGAAAUAGAAAAGCUUAGAGAACGUUUCGACUUGCCUCAGAUAGAAUAUCCAGAAGACAAACUUCCAAGAGUAAUUGUCUGUGGAAAUACGGAAGAUGAAAUUCCAAAAAUUGUUGUGGCAGAUAGUAAAAAGAAAGGAAAAGACAGAUGUCUUCAGAGUUUGACAGGAAAGUUAACAGAAUCGUUGACCAUGCAGGAAAAAUUGGUAUUAGAGAAUGCACAGCUUGAAGGUGGCAAAUACAAAUUAGAAGAAGCAUUGCUAGAAAAAGAUACCGCUGUUGAGAGUCUUCAGAGGAAGGUAUGCGGGCUACAGGCUGAAAUGAGAAUAGUCAUGAAGGAAAAUGUGGAACUGACACGUCAAUUAGCUUGCUUGAAUCAACGAAUCACUAGUCCUUGUUACACACCUUGUUGUCCAGGUGGAAUUUCGUCUGAAGUAUCAAGUCCGUCUCCUCUACGUUCAAUUUCGUACACCAAUACGUUACAGCAAGACGACGAUUAUUGUCGAUGCAAGUGUUGUGUCCAACCUCAAACAGCUGAUACUUUGUCACCAAAUACUGUAUGCGAUUCACCAAGACUCGCGGGUGGCGCGUCAAUAACAGGUGUUUGCGUUACAAGUGGUGCUUCUUCUCAAAUCGACAUGUGUUGCCGAAGUCCCGCCACAGUUAAAACACCGUGUACAGGACCACCACCUCCUCCAAGGGGGACUUGUCCUGCAGAAAUAGAGAACAAACUUGCAGCUUAUGGGAACAGUACCAAACAGCUAGAGCAACAAUUGGGUAGCAUGGAAUGCGAAGUGCGCAAUAUGCAAAUAGAGCUUGCCAAUGUUCAACGAGAACGUCAACAAUUAGAACAACAGCGAAAAUUACUGAAAUGUACUGGUCCUUGCGCACCUUGUGGUUGCUGUCCUCCUUCACCUUUGACUCUUCAGACACCAAACGGAUCCCCUGCAUACGUACCUCCUGUACCAGUUGUACAGCCGCCUUCUAUACCUCUUCCUAAGGGCGCUAGCACGUGUCCUCAGCAACAGUUACGUGACCUACGCGAACAAUACGCACGUCUACAAGAUGAUUACAAAAACAAAUUAUGCGAGGUUUCGUGUUUAAGAACAGAUGCUGAUAAACUGAAACAACAAACGCGUGAAGCUAUUGAAGAGAAAGAAAAAUUAGAAAUUAAGCUUGUAGAUGUUCAAGAACGUUUGAAGGCAAUGGAAGCUGAAAAAGAAAAAUACGAAGGUUUUAAGGAGCAAAUGGUCGAGCAAGAGCAAACGUUGAUUGUCUUUAAGCAACGUUUUCGAGAAGCCCAAGACGAGCUUGAAGAAUUGCGAUCCUUGAUUCAAGACCAAGCCGCUCAGUUGGAGGAUUAUCGAAAUAAAUACUUACAGAAUCAGUUCCAAGAAAAACUAGCAGAACUUGCGCCCUUGCCGGACAUUCUGAAACAGACACAAGUGAAACUACAGGAAGCGCAACAAAUGCGUUUGGUUGCAGAACGCAACUGCGAAGAUCUUUCGCGGGAAGUCAUAGGUUGUAAAGAUAAAAUUCAAACUCUGCAAAACCAAUUGGACGUUUUGCGUCAAGAACACCAAGCAAUGCAGGAUGAAAGAGGCCAUGGUUCGGGACGAUUCGACGAAUUAGAAAGAAAAAAUACCGAACUACGACAUGAGAACGAACGUAUGAAAAAUACGCUUGCAAGAUUUGAAGAGCACGAUGCGCAAUUACAAAAACGCAUCGAUGAAAAAAUGCACGAAGUCACACAAUUGACAGCAAUGCUCGAACAAGUUCGAGAGGAUUCUGCGAGACAAGUGGCAAGAACGAAAGAAAGAUGUGAAACUAUAAGGAGGUCUAUGCAAGGUCAAAUUGCAGAAAUGGAACGACAAUUAGCUCAAUGCAGAGCUACUGCAAGAGCUGCACAAAAAGAUAGAGACGAAAUUAGACAGAAAAUGCAAGGUCAAAUAAACAACUUAAAUGAGGCGUUUGAACAGGCUCAAGGUCGGAUAAGAUCAUUGCAAGGUCAUGUAAAUUAUUUGAAAACAUCUUACAGCAACAUUUUCAAGGGACAAGGAGAGAUGCCACCUGGUGUUUUACCGGGAGAGGCUGGGGUGGGUUUCGAUUCCUGCGACUGCAAUUAUUAA